UGUCUCCUGGUUACUAGUGAGUAGUCGCACGCUUAAAACAAAACAAACACGAGUGAAAAUAGAUUAGGUCUUUUCUGUGUGCUUUAAAGCCAUAAGAUACUGUAUGAGAUGGUUUGAGCAGUUCAUAAAACUAAGUAAAAUAUCAUGGUGAUGGAAUUGUAUUUCUGAAAUAUACAUCUCUGAAGUGUGUAAUUAGCAAGAAGCGUUCGGCAGUUAGCGGCGGUUGAAGGGCGCUGGGUGUAACUUGGGGAAUCCCCACCCCACACACAAAAAGGUAUUGACGUCAGGUGCAUGAUAAUGAUGCUUAUCAGCGACUUUUCUACGAACUAGAUUAGCCUGGGAUACAGACACUUCAUAGGAAUUGCAGACGGCAGGAAUAUAAGUUCUAGCUAAGAGACUAAAAUAAAAUACUUGUGUGACUUAGUAGUGAUAAUCUGACGCGACCAGCAUGAGUCGACCCCGAAAGACCGGGGGAAUUCUCCGUACAACGAUGACCAAGACGCCAUUGCGCGAGGGGAGUAUGCGAGAACGCACGUGGGACUCGAGGUCCGACACUUCCGAGGGCGGUGUACUCACCCAACAUAUGCGGCAAUUGGAGAAUUCGUACAAACUAUCACCAGAUGAUGAAAGAAAGUUCCGGCCUGGGAAAGUGGAAACAGUUAUGAAUGAUGUUUUACGGGAGUUCUUAACGGACGUCGAAUACGAGAAAACCUUAGGACAGCGUAUGAGUAAAAUGUUGGCGGACACGAUUAAAACGCGCGUGAAGGAGUUUAAGUGGACGCGUUACAAGCUCGUGGUGCACGUGAUUAUCGGAGAGAACCGGGAGCAGGACAUUGUAGCCGGAAGUCGCUUCCUGUGGUACGAUGAAACUGAUACAUACGCAUCAACACAGUUUUCAAAUAAGUCCUUAUUCGCCCUUGCAGUGUGCUUUGGUGUCUACUAUGAAUGAUCGAAAUCACAAUGAUAGUGGGUUUUGGAUAAUGUGUAACUGUUCAUGUUUUACUUUCAUUUUUGUUUCACACAUGGAUAAUGUAUAACUUGUGAACUGUUAUUCUGUGCCUGGAAGACUGUAAAUGGUAAAAACAUAAAUUAUGGGGAUUUGGAUGUUUUCUUUAUUUAUUUUUCUCAUUUUUAGUAUACGACUUGUCUUCAAACUUGAACUGGAAUAUCCGGAGAAUACUCAACAUUAUGACUUGUAUUGAAUUGUUCAGAUACAUGGGAGCGAAAAGUACAUGGCCAUGGUAUAACAUACAUCUGGAGAUCUUGAUGACCUAGUGAGUUAAAGCUAUGCUUUUCGGGUAUUAGGUUAAUGAGGAUUAAAGACUUAAAAGAGAACUAGCAUAAGUAUAAGCCUAGUGAAAGUACUAAGCUAUAACAGAGACCUCCUUUUCAAACAUUGACAUUAUAUGCUAGUUUUACAUAAACUUUGAAAUAGCCAUUUUUCGAAUUCCUUCAUAUCCGUUUAUUAAAACAUCUAUGUACUUGAUCAAUUUGUUAGCUGCUUACGAACAAUAUGAUUAUAACCAAAUGAACAUUGAUAUAAAGCAAUUUUUCCAAAGAAUUACAAAGAAAUAUGUGGAUAAACAUUAACCAUAAAUAAUGUUUAUAAAAAAUGUCAACUAGCAAACCACAUCAGAACAUGUACUUCAUUUUCUCGCUGAAAUCAAGGUGAAAGAACAUUAUGCAUUCACUAUAUUGAACACCAAUGAUAAAACUUUCAUGUAUUUUUUCUAUUAUUAUUAAAAGAUUGACAAAAUAAAAUUGAUUGUUUUCUGUU